AUGGCAAGAUCAAUCACUUCUAGUCUGAAGGGGUCAUUCGGAAGAGGGGCCAUGCGGAAGAGGGAACCAUGCGGAAGAGGGAACCAUGCGGAAGAGGGAACCAUGCGGAAGAAGGGCCAUGCGGAAGAGGGUCAUGCGGAAGAGGGCCAUGCAGCGAUGUGGGGCGAUUUUCAGUUCCCAGCCUUAUAA